CAAGAGCCAGCGCCCGCCGACACGAUGUUCUCCAAGGUUCUCCUGUGCUGCGUCCUCGCCUUCGCUGCCGCCCAGCAGCAGCCAAACGUCGAUGGGCCACCACAGCCGUACAGCUUCAGCUAUGACAACACCGACGAGUACGGCACCCGCAUCGCGCAGCAGGAGACCGGUGACGAGAACAACAACAAGGUCGGCUCCUACAGCUACACCGACCCGAACGGAGUGACCCGUACCGUCAAGUACACCGCCGACGCCGACGGCUUCCACGUUGUGGUCGAGACCAACGAGCCAGGAACCAAGACCUCCAACCCAGCCGACGCCCAGUACGUCGCCAACCCCAUCGAGGUCGCCCCAGCCCCAGCCGCCGCUGUCGUUGCCCAGAAGCCCGUUGUCGUGCAGGCCGCCGCCCCAGUCGUCCACGCCGUGCACGCUGCCCCCUUCACCGUCCACGCCGCUCCAGUCUCUUACGCUACUGCCCACCACGUGACCCCAGUCGCUGUCGCUGCCCAGCCAACUGCCAUCGCUCACGCUCCAAUUACCUACACUCUCGGCCGUGCCAAGAGCAAACGUGCACGAGUUCAGACGAAACGCCAAACAUCCUUGAGUCACGCAACGCGGAAGGAGAAGGACUUUCGAACUGUGAUCGCCAGCGGUCCUAAACAGGCCACCCCGACAUAUCGUCUCAUCACCAUGAUCAACAAGGUUAUCCUCUGCGGCUUGCUGGCCUAUGCAGCCGGCCAAGCCCAGCCAGGAGAUCUUCCGGCUGCGCCGUACAGCUUCAACCACGACACCACGGAUGAGUCCGGCACCCGCAUUACUCACGAAGAGACCAGUGACGAGAACAACCACAAGGUCGGUUCCUACAGCUACACCGAUCCAAACGGCAUCACCCGCACAGUGCGCUACGUGGCUGACGCCGGCGGAUUCCGCGCCACCGUCGAGACCAACGAGCCGGGAACCAAGACUUCGAACCCUGCCGACGCGCCGUUCCUCUCCAACGCUGUGGAGCCGCCUCCAGCCCCGCCAGCACCGAAGCCCGCGCCAACCGCCACCGUGGUCGUCAGGCCCGCUCCCAGACCCGUGGUCGUCCGCUCAACGCCUGUUUUCCACACCCACCCGGUAUUCCACGCCCACCCGGUAUUCCACGCCCACCCGGUUGGGCACGCUCUUCAUGCCACACCGGUUACGCUUCACGCGGGGCCAGUCGCCCUGCAUGCGGCGCCUGUCACCUUUGCCACGGCCCACCACGGCCACCCGGUAACCGUGAACGGUCAUCCGAUCGCCAUCGCCCACGCGCCGCUGACGUACACCCUGGGCCGUGCCAAGAGAUAAGUGCAGUCGGCUGGUCAAGCCUGUCGCCUGGUUACCUCCUCCGGACGUUACGUGUUAGCGCUAAAUCACUACUGGUUGCGCCAGCCGUCUGUCACGUGCAGUCGGGACGGCGAGGAUUUCGGCUGUGCUUUCUGGUUAUUAUAGCUUGCCUAGCAUUGUUUCCUCCUCAGCCCGAGUCAAAGUCGGUGUAUGCGAAAUGAAUGUGAUCGAGUUACACUUCUAUACUUGCAGUAGUUUCUGUAAAAUAAUAUAUAUCUUUUUCUUCUGUGAAAAGGUACUGCCAUACUAAUCUUAUUAAUUCUUACGAUAUUGAGUAUUGUGAGCCGUGCUGCUAAGGACGCACUUUUUCGAAGCCAGCAGCUGAAGUACUAUCUUCAUUGAGCACCCAAAUCAGGUGCACUGCUAUGCAGUAGCCAAUAAAUUUAACUUACGUACACACUGGUAAUGUCUGCCCUCCAAACCUUUCUUACCAUUUUCGGUUGGAGUUCAUGCUUGCCUGCUUCUGUUGUUUAAAGUGGGCGCAUGUGGUGCGAGUCGGGGUACUGCCUUAAUUUCUAAGCUCGUAUCCACAUGACUUAUAUAACAACCCAAUUAACACACGCUCUACCUAACACAAUAAAUAAAGCUUGCUCAAUUGCAAAUUUGUUGAAUUAUUUUCCUAUGUUUUUCUCAUAUUUCUUUGUUUACGGGUGCCAUUUGUGUAAACUGUAGAUAGCUGUAUUAUCAGUACUGCCUUGCUUCUUUCAAGUUUGAGACCAUUGGAAACUAGCGAAUAUUUUCUUGUCAUUGAAGCGCAUGUAUCAUUUUAUGCAGUGUUCAAAUCUUUAGCUUGUAUUAAAAAUUGAUUUUUGACUA